AUGUUUCGAUCGGCGGGGCAACGGUUGUUGCCUGCUUUAUGCCGGAACAGACAAACCUCCGACCACUUCAUUCGUAGUGUUUACGUACUGCACAGUCCACGCCUAUUUUCGACUUCAACCACCUCGGAACCGAUAAAACCCAAUCAAAACCCUACUCAUUUUGACACUGCUUCCACCGCCUUUCCCUCAUCAUCAGCUACAACGGCGGCUGGAUUCGACGGGAGCGAGAAAGCCGGUGGGUACAGCCAUGAAGAUCAGAGGUCACGAGCAGCUCGGCCGGAAAAAACACAAUACCUCGAUGAACAAGCACGAGUGCUGCGCGCCUCCCUUCCACAUGUGAUUCGAUUGGGAUGGACUGAAGCGGCUAUGCUUGCUGGAGCCAGGGAGGUUGGUGUCUCCCCUUCUAUAGUUGGCUCUUUUUCCAGAAAAGAAGCUGCAUUAGUGGAGUUUUUCAUGGAUGAGUGCUUGCAACGACUCAUUGAUAUAAUUGACUCGGACGAGAACUUGCAAGCCUUGAUACCUAGUGCACGUGUUGCAAAGCUUGUGAGAACCAGGUUGGAAAUGCAGGCUCCUUACAUAUCUAAAUGGCCCCAGGCUCUCAGCAUUCAGGCUCUACCUGCAAAUAUUCCAACCAGCUUCAAGCAGCGAGCGAUGCUGAUUGAUGAGAUCUGGCAUGCUGCUGGUGAUGAGUCGACUGAUGUUGAUUGGUAUGUGAAGCGCACUGUUCUUGGUGGGAUAUACUCCACAACAGAGCUGUAUAUGCUAACUGAUGCAUCGCCAGAUUUUAAAGAUACAUGGACAUUCUUGGAUGGACGAAUUAGAGAUGCCUUUGACCUGAAAAAGACUGUUCAGGAGGCCAAAUAUCUUGCAGAAGCAGUUAGUGCUGGAAUGGGGGGAUCUUUGCAAGGAUUGAUGCAGCAAGUUUUGAAAAAUGUAGGGAGGUCUUCUUGA